AUGGAAGGUAUUGCAGCAGCUCCGGAUUGGACCCAAUGGAUGCAGUGGGACGGGGACGGGGACGAACAGCAACCAGGCACCUAUCAAUCGGAUGUCUCAGCAUCAACGGACGUUACUCUCACUUCUACAGCGUUCGCCAAAAUUCACCCGUCUCAAGCAGUGUCGCCAUCGUCGACGGCAGGUAGCGAUCUCCAACCGUUUCUCUCGAUUCUCUCGAUACCCAAAGCCUCCAGCGACGGGAAUCCUCAAAGCAAUGGACUUCCUACUCCCAGCCAUAGUUCCAGCUCACCCGAAACCCUCCAUAUACCAGAACCGCGGUUAAGUGGAGAGACAUUAAGGAGCACAUCGUCAUCAGAGCUUUCUCGUCUACACCUCAAGCGAAAGUCUUCUCAUGAGCAGGGACCAGUCCCCUCCAUCGCCGCCACCAAUGACCAACAAAAGCCGGCAAACAAGAAGCGACCCCACAACGUAAUUGAGAAGCGUUAUCGAGCCAAUCUAAACGACAAGAUAGCGGAGCUGAGACAAAGUGUACCAAGUCUGCGUAUUUCAGCAACAAAAGGGAUCAAGGACGGCGAAGAUGUCGAGCAUGAUGCGGAGGACCCAUCUGGAUCAACGAAGCUCAACAAGGCCUCCAUCCUGUCCAAAGCUGUGGAAUAUAUUCGCCAUCUGGAGAUACGGAACAAGAGGUUAGACGAUGAGAACGUAGCUUUGAAGCAGAGACUGCUAAAGCUUGAAAGAGUCCUUGCUUCAGAUGGAAACAAUGGCGAUGAGCGUGCCGUUGCUUUUACCAGCAAAUCUUCCGUCGAGGUGGUAGACCAGGAGACUGGAAAAUGCUCUGACCAGACGCGAAGAGCAACAGAACAUCCACCUCAAGGGCUUAUACCAGUACCAGAAAGUAUGAAGAAGCUUCGCCAGAAUCAGCCUCAGGAACAUUAUGGUGCUAUAUAUGACGCUCCACAAGAAGGCCAUAAAGGUGGUCGGCGAUGGCCUGCCAAGUUCAUGAUAGGAUCUCUCGCCGGUCUCAUGAUCGUGGACGGUCUAAGCGAAAGCCAGGACGGCUCUGACUCCAAAGCCAAAGGCUUAUUCGGCAUACCACUCGAGUUCAUGGAUGGUUGGUGGUUUCUGCGAUCUCCUAAAGCCUUUAUCGCAGCCUUCAUGCAAUAUUGCCGCGCUGGAGGCGUCAUCCCUCUUAUAAAAGGGUUUCUAGCUCUGAGCCUGCUGGCUUUAAUCGUCUUCACAUACUUGUUCAACUCGAAACCUGCUGAGGCUGAACAAGCCGAAAGGCCAUCCAAGCUUCGAAAGGUUCCGUCAUUAGCGUCACCCAUUGAGGUCCGCCGACAGGCUUGGUUGACCAGCAUACAGACACUCGGGCUUCCUCAUCACAGCUUCUUUCCAGAGUGGUUCGCCGUGACCAUCGAGUGGCUCAAGUACACCGUUCGUCUCGUGGUAGGGUUCCAGACGUAUGCAUGGAUCACAGGUAGAAUAGAAGAGGAUGAAUUGGCUCGAGUGAAAGCAUGGGAUAUUGCUGUUGAUGCUCAGCUCGCUGGAGGAGACCCAGAGAUCAGCAGGAGUCGAUUGGUCCUAAGCAUAUUUGCCUCGGGUACGCUACCACAGACCCCUACAAGAUUAAUGCUGAAGGCCCUACACUGUCGUGUGGUGCUCUGGAGAGUGGGCCAAGAUGGAGGAGUGGUCUCACGUACAAGCAACAAGAUCGCUGUCUUCCUGGCUCAUCGGCAAUGGCGAAGAGCUCAACGUCUCGCCGCAGAUACGAACGUGAAGGACGAAAACGCAUUGCCGACACAUCUUGCUGAACUACUAAGUCUCGAUUGUGGGGAUGUAAUGCUGGACGCUGUCCUACAACGUGCAUACAACCUCAUGUAUGAUCGGUCCAUUGACGAAGUUAGCCAUGGCAGCAACAGCCUAAUGGACGUCGUCGUCGAGGACCACGCCAUCAGAUCUCCACUGGACGCAAUCGCCGCUUGGUGGUCAUGUCAGAAGUUACAUCAGGCCCUCAUCCUUUCGUUAUCCGACGACGAAAAAGACCAGGCUCUAUUCAAAUCAACUCUAGACCUUGCAUUGACAAUCGCACCUCCUCUUUCUGCAGCACAUACCCGUGCGCUCGCCGUCAAAGCCGUCUUCAUCGAACAAGACCGCGCCUCAAAUGCACAGAAAGUCCUAUCCGCUCUUCCCCGCUCCUCCCCCACCACAUCUCAUCGAUCAACCAGCGGAAAUCCCCUUCCAGUCUUCAUCGACUCGUCCAUGCCUCUCUCCGCAUGUUCAGAAGUCGCCACCGUCCUCGACUGCGCCUCCAUUAUGAUCGCCUUACGUAAUCGUUGCACGACUACCGCUUCCGCAAGCAGGGAGUGUACGGUGGUGGGUCUCUUCGCCGUUUUACAUAUCGAUCCCGAGAAAACGAGCCUGCUAAGCUUCGCACCCGCGUAUCAUGUGCUUUUGCAGUCGUUGAGGAACGAUGAUCCGGGUUCUGGCGUCAGGUGGUUGGCGCAGACGGCUAGAAACCUCGCAGUUUGGGCGCGAGCUCACCCCGGAUCUACCGCUACUGAAUCGUCCUCCGCUGGGAUAGUCCGGAGGCUGGAUCUGCUGUGCAACGAACUCGAGGCGGGUCAGGCGCAUGAGGUUGAGCAUGUGCGUGUGCACCGCUACACGCGUGGCCACGGACCAACACGCCGAUACAGCAGCGUCAGCAACGAUACCGGUUAUGGCAGUCUAGGCGACGCUGAAGUCGACGGCACGUCUUGA